AUGGAGUUUCCAUCGAGCCGGAAACUGAAGACGUACGGACGCGCAUCGCGGAACAUUGCAUAUAGUCCGUUGCAAAGGCCUGCUCCGGAGCGCCAUGAUCGUGUUACAUCGCCUGCCGUGAAAGAUGCCGGGGCUGCUGGGAAGAGUAGAAAUAUCAAUGGGAUAGACGUGAAGACACCGCGCCGUUUGUUUCAGUCGGAGAAAGCGGAAUCGGGGACCGUGUCGCUCGGGGCUCACACACCAGUCCGAAAAACUGACAACGAUAUCUACGACAUUCCUGAUGAUGAAACGCACAAUAUCGGAAGUGAGCGAAAGCGAAGAAAGCUAGAGACGCCCAAAUCCCGGCUGAAAUCUCAGCCCAUCGACCAUAUGGAUUUGGUGACGCGACCACGACCGCCUCAAUUACAAAGCGCCAAGGUACAGGAAGCACGAAAGAGCUCUCUGAAAACCGGGGCUCAAGGCGAUGCAAAGAGGAAUCCUCCCGUAGAAGUUGUCAUUCGGACUCCCCCUUCGGCUAAAACGAUACGGACCACCCAGUUUAAUCGUGAUCGGACGGAACAGAUGAAUGCAAACCCCCCUCGGAGCGAGUCGCGUAAACGGUCGAUACCUACACGACCGAAUAGACCUUCCCAGCGCGACUUGAACUCAAUAUCCCGUUCUGCCUCAAGCCAUGGGCAACAACCCCCGAAGCCACUCCUCUCCCGAACUCCGUCCCAGAAACUCAAAGAAAUGACUGAACAUCUGACAACUGAGUCCUACUUCAGCCUUCCCCUUAAGCGCUCCCUAUUUAGCGAAGAGCGCUCAACCGCGGGAACCCCAGCUACUCCGUCCCGUAUGCGGUUGAUAGAUGCAUUAAAUACUCGUGAUACGGAGGAAUCAGACGGCUCGAGUGAUUCAGACGCCAUUCUUAGAUCAGACCAAUUCCGUUGCUCACGAACUAAUUCGCGGGCUUCCUCAAACGAACCACUCACAGGCGCUCGACCAGCAGAUACUUACGUCAAUCCUCGUCGGCGGAAAUUGGAAACCUCGAGCGAGUUACAGCAAAAUAGCUCGAGAGUGACAUAUGCGCGUCAAAGAUCAUUUCUUACCCAAAACGAUAUGGAUGCGGGUAUGACGGGUUUGAAUGGUAUGGCAUCCAAGCCCGAAUCGCAAGGCGACCCCCUAUUGUUCGAUUUGGGUACUAGUCUAUUGCCGCCGAAGAUCGUUCCAAAUUUACAUGACGACGACGAUAAUGAGGCUGGCAAUGGCUCUGUUAGGAGUAUUUAUGAGCUUCGACGUGCUGGGGGUAAUGCCAGGUAUCAGGCUGUGAUUGAAUCCAUUUUCGAAGACCUAGAGGAUCAAUCGGCAUCUACAUCGAGGAAACGCAGCGGCUUCGUUCAGUUGUGUUCGAAGCUCUCGGACCCUGAUUUUGCACGCCGUUUUAUCAGCAAUUCCCUCGAGAAAAGACUUUCUCUGUGCACCGUGCGCGGAUCCGAUAUCAUUUGCAAAUAUCUAGUUUCCAGCCUACGAGACCUUUCCGUUCAGCUCCGCGAAAGCAAGCUAUGGCCGGAAUUAGUGCCAGGCAAGAUUUCACCGCAGAACGUGGCGCUGCGCUCAUUGGAGUUGGCGGUGCGCAAAGUUCGAGAGGCCGGUGACCGGACGGCGAGAAUCUCCAAUUCUAUUCUCGAGCAAGUCGUGGAACUCGUGUUGCAACAUUCUUUGGAGGGCGCCCAGGGCGACCUGUUUGUCCUUGAGAUGACAUUCUCCAUCCUAGAAUCAUACACUGUUGGGCUUCCCUCACUAGAUGGCGAGCAAGAGAAGAUGUUGAAGCGCCUUUCAGAAAUAGGCCUACUUUUAUCACAACUGGUAGAAAGAUCUGAUGCCGGGAGCCGGCAGAUCCAGAUACUUCAAAUCCGCCUUAUCCUGAACAUCACCAACAACAACCCAAUCUUAUGCGACGACUUUGCGACGCCGGAUUUAAUUGGUGCGCUUGCACGGCUUGUCUUAUCCAACUAUGGGACCGUCGCCGAAGAUUUGGCUGGUGACAAGAAAGAAUCGCUGUUGGAUACGGUGAUUCUUGCCCUUGGCACAUUGAUCAAUUUGACUGAAUGGAGCGGCAGAUCACGGGGGCUAUUUUUGCAGAUGACGCAUGGCUCUACAGUCUUGGUUGACAAGCUUAUGGAGCUAUUUGCUGGUGGACUGAAGACUGCCUCAGAGGCUGAUUCCGUCGCCCAAACACACUCCAACGUCGCUUUUGGGUAUCUAUCUGUUCUGCUCAGCACGCUAUGCCUUGCCGAUGAAGUCCGGGCUCAGGUACGUGGACAUCUGCGUGGGAACAAUCUCGGCAGGCUGCUUGUCGUUGUGGAGGAAUUUCUUCACUACUACCGAAAGGUCGAGGAGGAACUGAAGGAUCCUGUCUUGGAAGAGGACGCCAUGUCUGGAUUCACAACUCGGCUACAGGGAAUCGUUGACCGGAUUCGUGAAGCGGAGGGGAUGAGGCGAUGA